CACGCCUGUUCCCCCCGGACCACUUUUGGCGGCCCUCCAAUUCCUUUCACAGCCCCAGCUCAUAUUGUCUUUGCCUCGAAAGCAGGGGAAAACAAGCGAUCGAUUAAAAAAAACAAAAGGAACCCCCCACUCUCAUACACACAGACAGAGAGGGCAUCGAAUGAUGCCAGUUUUGGCUUCUAGAACUUGAGACCAAACAAAGAGGCAUUUAAAAGAUGCUGCACCAUUUAGUGACACGGCUAGCGUUGCUGCCGGUCGCCCUGCAAAUAGUCGUGCUCACGACAGCGCAGGGCACCACCGACUCGGAUUCGGAAUCAGAGAUAACACCCACUCGCAGCUCGCAGUCUUCCUCGACAGCGGCAACGAGAACAAGUACGAACACCGGCCCUGCGACUCAUACCGUCAAGGUGGGAGCAAAAGAGGAUCCUCAUCAGUAUAUACCGCAUACCAUCAAAGCGGACGUUGGCGAUGUAAUCGAGUUCGAGUUCUAUCCACGCAAUCACUCAGUAGUGCAGGCAGAUUACCUGGCGCCGUGCGUACCUGCAACCGGGAGAUACUUCUAUUCGGGAAUAUUCAAUUCUUUCGACGAGGAGGAUGGCAUGCUGGUUGGGAAACCGCCAACAUGGAAGUUGACCGUCAAUGACACCAAGCCGACAUUCUUUUAUUGCACCGCCAUCGACUCGUGUAUUGUGAACGGAAUGGUUGGCGUAAUCAACCCGAACGAAUCGAUGACCUGGGAUGCACAGUAUGCAAAGGCCUUGAAAUAUCCGUACAUGUUGGUUCCCGGCCAAGCGCCACCUGCGGAAGGGAGUGACCGUUCAGAGCCAUCGUCAUCGCCAUCGUCAUCAUCAUCUGGUCUGGGUCGUGGAGCUAUUGCUGGGAUCGUGAUCGGGAGCAUCGCCGCUAUCUCUAUCUUGGCCGCUCUUUUCUUCGUGCUUGGGCGCAACCGCGUUUACCGCAAGUGGCUAAACUCGGAAGAAGAGAGUAACGACCGGACACGGCGAUGGGCAAUGAGCGGGGGAGACUGGUCGAUGGCCGGCAGAAGCGAGAAAGAUGGGGUUACGAUGGGCUCGCACCCGGCCCAUACGAGCAUGAUGUCGCCGGAUAUGUCCCACGUCGGUGGACCGUAUAGCCCUCCGCUGCAGAGUCGGUCGCCGCCACCAGCGCAUCGGAGCUGGGAUGGCCUUGGUCAAUACCAUACACCCAUUAUGCAGGACGAGAGACCGCCAGAAUUGAGCUCAGCUGCUGGGGUUCAGUUGGUAGAGCUGGAAGCGACCCCUCAACGCCACCCAUCGAAGGGUCGUCACCAGAUAUAUUGAUAUACGCGAAGAGUAUUUCGACCCUGCGUGCCUCUCGACUGUGGACACACAUAACCAUCUUACGUAUCCUAUCAUUCACCCAAAUAAUUUCCCGAGAACGACUCUGAUAUCUCAAUCCAUUCAUGAUCCAGCAUAUUCUAGCGAUCAAAAUCAUUGCCAAUAAGUGUCAUUGGCACAGCAUUUUCACGCCACUGUUUUCUCUUUCUUCUAAACCCUGAGCAAGCGGUCAUUCCCCCUAUCCCCCUCAAUACACACACACACACACACACAAGUGUCAUGUUUUCAGUGCUUGGAAUAGUUGAAAUAUCCUUUUGUACAUACACCCGGACUUGACCAACGCACCAUCCAUGUAAUUUUCUCUUGUCUUAUGCGUUGGAUUUUGCUUGUUUAUCUUUUCUUUACCUUUUUUUUUUUUUGGCUUAUUUUUUUUUUUUUGGGGGGGGGGGGUUGUUCCGGUUGUGAUACCUGGGCAGCAUUGAGAAAAGAUCAAUUUGAUACGAUAAUAAAAUAUCUGUUUAGGAAUGCUAAACAGGAAGUUGAAUGAC